AUGUUAAACGGAAGAGAAAAAAUGGGUAAUUUAGGUAUUGAUUGGAAAGAAUAUGCAUUAGGAGCCAAUCAUUAUAAAAGAAGAACUGUUGGAUUCGGUAAAUAUGAUAAAAAAGAAAGAGAAUGGGAAAAGGAGAUCUUCUUAAGGGAAAUGUCAAUCAUUGAAGGUGGUAUUGGUUGUUCUACAUGGGAUGCAGCAAUUAUUUUAUCAAGAUGGGUUUAUAAGAAUCAAGAUGCAUUUACAGAUAAAACAGUUUUAGAAUUAGGUAGUGGUACAGGUUUACCAGGUAUCCUUUCUGCUUAUUAUUCAAAAAAUGUUACAUUAUCUGAUUAUUUGAAUCCUGUAAGACUUAAAUCAUUCUUAUUAGUUGAAAAUUUAAAAUAUAAUAUUGAAUUAAAUGCAAAACAACAAGAUGGAUUUGAUAGUGAUGAUGAAGAAGCAAAUAGUGUUGAUAAAUCAUUAGAUUUAGAAAAUAUAAGAAAUAAAACUAAAGUUAUUAAUUUAAAUUGGGAUGAAAUUGAUACAAAUACAGAUGAUACAAAAUAUGAUAUUAUUUUUGGAAGUGAAUUAACUUAUUCAAUGUUAAGUGUUGGCAAUUUAAUUAAAGUUAUUCAAAAGUUUUUAAAAGAGGAUGGUAUUUUUUAUGAAAUUUUAUCAGAUGACAGAGAUGGUGUCUCAUAUUUUAUUGAUGAAAUGACAAAAAGAGGAUUUGAGAAUCAUAUUGUUCCAGUUGAUCAACAAUUUUUAGGAAAUUAUGGAACAAAACAGAGACCAGAAACUUAUAAAUUUUAUAGUUUUAGGUAUUCAAAGAAUGUAGAAUUAAAUAAACAUAAACUUAUGCAAUAA